AUGGCCAGUGCCCCACCAUCUGCUUCAUCCACAAAGGAGACAACAAACUAUGCCAGAUUGUGCCGUCUGCUGGUUGAUAUUGGAACCCAGGCUCUUCGAGAUACGUUUGAUGCCAUCCAUGCACCGGGAAAUCUACACUCAGUUUUGGCGGCAGAGAAGCCCACCUUACAAUAUCUUAGAAAGAAGAGGAUUAUCAAUCAAAUACAGUGGGGGAAGCUUUUCCCUGCCAUCCCUAACUUAGUGUCUUCACGUGACUUUGACACAACUUUGCUAAUGGUUCUGUUACGGAACCUGUGCGGCUUAACUGCUCCGCUGACCGGCUGGGACGCAUUGCCCGCCGUAACAGACCUCAGCAGGGAAGCGGACAUUGCCCGAGUUAAGUAUUUUAGGAAUACUGUGUACGGUCACGCUAAGAAUGCUUCUGUUGAUGACGUAAAGUUCAAUGACCACUGGCGCGACAUCCGGGACGCUCUGAUUAGAUUAGGAGGCGUUAGUUAUAAAGCUGUCAUUGACGAUCUUAGAGACGAGUGCAUGGACCCUGAAAUUGAAGAUUGCUACAUAGAACUACUCAGAGAGUGGAAAAAGGACGACGACAACAUUAAAGAUCAGCUGAACGAGAUCAUGAAAAAGCUAGACGCCCUGGCUAAUAACAGUAAGAUUUGAAGUGUGAGGCGAAUGAAGAUAGUUGGUUUUAAGCCUGGUGAUUCCAAAGUUUGACCUAUACUUCCGGGUUUAAACGUGUCCCUUUUUAUGGUAAAACGAUCUAGCGAUAGAUGAUAAGUAACUAGUCAGGCAGUACCUAAAGUAAUAUAUAGAAUUCAGCAAGCCUAAAGGCGGAGCUCGCAUUUUUUUCCUGCACGUCUCUUCAACAAAACUAAAGCCCCUACUAUGGAUAAAGUGCAUGGUAAUGUUGACGGAUUUUCAUUCGCAACUUCUUCGUGUUCGUCUAGAGGACUGAUUAUAAGAUAGUGCCCGUACAGUUGGCCGCGCACGCUAAAAGUAGCACCUUGUACGGUCGAUCGUACGGUCGUACAUCCAAAUUUUUUCGGCUGGAUGGGUUACUACCAUUUUGUAUAAUUAUGAAGAUACGCGAGCUCCGCUAUAAGAAAACCGUAUACUGUAGGUAUACUCUCAUUAGCGAACGCUCAUUUUCAUCAUACUUCAGUCAAUCGUCACGGAACUUCUAAACUUCUUUUUCAAGGUCAACCAUACCAACAGCGUAAACAGAACUCGGUCAGAGUUACCACUUGCAAAGAGAGCUUCCACGAGAACGAGCCACGUGACUCCUAUUACCAUGAAGGUGAAGUCUGUAUUCGUCUCAAAUGUGGGCAAACAGCUCAUGAUCCGCUGGGUAGAGUGGUACUGAGUGACACUGGUCAUUCGCGGUCAUUGGCUAGAGGGAAGGGUUUGCUAAAAGAAGAACAGGGCGCCGAAGCUAAAUUCACAGUAAUAACGCGAGAUCCAGGUGGACAACAGUUCUGUAACGAGCAAGAACAAGUGACCGUCACUGGCAGCGUUGGUCAACAUGAAAUUGAAAUCAAGUUGAAUAUAUGGCCGCUGACCGGUAGUCCUGAGAAAGUCGAGGUGAAGCCCCAUCAGUACAAAGUAGAGAAGUCUUUUGGGUCGAGAGAAUUAAACAAACCAUAUUGUAUCGCAAAGAAUGAAAUAACUGGAGACAUUGCAGUGGCAGAUUAUGUUAACAAAAGAGUCCUGGUCUUAGAUAAGGACAUGAAACAUGUGAAGACGAUAGGAGGCGAAGCAGACUCACAACAUAGUGUCAACAUAGGUUUUCCUGUUUCAGUGGCAUUCUCAAAGAGAAAUGACAUCAUGGUUACUCAUGAGCAGUUCAGUCCUUGUAAUAAGAAGCUUUCAGUUAUAACUGAUCGUGGAUUCAUCAUGGAGCAGUUCACUAAACAUCUGAUUAAAGCACAUCAUGUUUUUUUCAAAACUGAUGAUGGCCAUAUGAUCGUUUGUGAUGAAGGUGACAAAAAGGUGAAAGUCAUCUCCCCAGACGGGAAAGAAUUGCUACUGGCCUUCUCUGCACCGGAUAGCGAAGUUUCCCCAAGCUUUCCAUGUUACUAUCGUGGCAGGUUCUUUGUAUCCUAUAUGAGAGCACAUUGUGUGAAGGUUUAUGAUAAGGAAGGAGUGUUUCUUUAUAACAUUGGCAGCGAGGGUUGUGGUGAAGGACAGUUGAGAUAUCCCGAGGGACUUUGUGUAGACUCCUUUGGUAACCUGAUCGUGUGCGACGCAAGUGGCAUUGAUGAAAAUCUGCAAGAUGGCGUCCUGAAAAUGUUCACCUUGGACGGAACAUUUCUCACCUCAUUUGGCGAGGAUAAGAUCAAAGUUCCUUGGAUAGUGUGUGCCUGUAAUAAUGGCGAUCUACUCGUUGCCGAUCUUCUCGGGGACAGUGUUCAUAUUUUAAAAUAA